AUGUCGACAUUCAGUUCAGUCGUUCGAAAGCCAGGGCAGAAGAUAGUCCCCAAGGGCCCAAGGAGGAAUGUCCAAAGAAAUGCUCUUCGACAUGCUGCUCCACCGUCGUUGACGCCAGAGAGUCAAACUGUGAGUCCUGCUGUUGAACCCGCUGACGAGCCAGUUCAGAGCCAGGAACCAGAGUCGCAGUUAGAAACAGUGCAGAUAGUCCAGGUGUCCAACGAAAUACAUUCUAUUGCUCCUUCAAUAGAGACAGCAGGAGAAGCCCUCGACACCCCCCACCCAAACGAAGAAGCAGCGACCGAGAGAGCCCUUUCAACCUCCGUGGAAAUUAUUUUCCCGAGUCGCACAGGUCGCGCGAUUGAAAUCAUUCACCCGGCUGGCGCAAGCGAGAGUCGCCCCGAACAAGGUGCCAUCCCCGCGAUUUCGGUUUCGACUCCCUCUAUUCUCCAGAAACGAAAUGCUACCUAUGACCCGACCCCAGAGGAAUCAGAAGACUCGACACAAGAAAGGGAAAAUCCAGAUGCUUCGAGGAAGCGGCAGAAGACUUCUCACACGGUUGAGGACCUUACUGAGUCAGAACCACAUACUCCUCCGCAACCUGAUUCCAUACCCUCAAUACUAAGGACCGGCCCACGGGCUAGGCGGAGCGAAUCGCGUACGUCGGACGCGUUAUUACAAGAUGCGACAACCCAAGCAGCGGCAGUAUCAGAACUUGCAAACUCCAUUGAGAACAGAGCAAGAUCACUCCAACCGAGCUCAGCGCGUCGAUCAGCGUCACAGACAACAGAAUCAGGAGAGGCUGUGGCCGAAGAUACUGCGCAACCAAAAGCGCAACGGAAAAAGAGAAAGUCCAAAUCGAGAAGAAUACAAGAGCCAGCUCAACAAGUCGUUGAAGAUGCUGUUAACGGGAGCACAGAUGAACCAAAUCGUCGUCGUUCUCGCCUUGCUACUCCUGAGAAUGCCGAAGAGCUAGAAAUCGACCCACAGGAGGUGUCGAUGGCCGAGCUCGUCAAGGAUAACAAGAUUGGCAGAAAGUCAGAAACAGAGAAACGAAUGCAAGAGAAUUGGCCGGAUAUCCAAAAGCGACGCAAAGAGGAAAUUGAGAAGCGACGCGAAGCUGCCCGUGGGAAGAAUAGGACUAACGAGGAAGAACACCACGAAGCGGAGGAAGCGGCCGUACCCACCCAGAUCAUUGUUGACGGACAAAUUGUGGUGGCAAACGAGUCUCGCACGGUCACAUUCGGUGCAGGCCUCGAAGAGGCUGUUAAUCAAGACGCGAGCGAAGCGCGUGAGGAUGACCGGAUCUACAAAUAUGUCACUUCGGGCUCACUAGGAAAAAAUGCGGGUCGAGGACGCCCGAUCCGUUGGGACGAAGACCAGACGAACCUCUUCUACAAGGGCCUGCGGAUGUUUGGCACAGAUUUCAGCAUGGUCGCGAAUCUUUUUCCAGAAAGCAUUGAUCGGGGCGUGAUUAAAAAGAAAUAUUUGGUCGAGCUACGAGUGGAUCCGGAGAGGGUAGAAAAAUGUGUGGCAGCUAAAGAAACUGUGAGUUUAGAAGACUACGCGGCAAUGGCGAAUCAGGAGUUUGAGGAUCCAGAAACGGUCAUGAAGGAGUUGGAAGAAGAAGAGCGAAGAUUGAGGGAGGAGGAUGCGAAGAGAAGAGCAGACCAGGGAUUUGUUGAUCAUCUUGCAGGGGCGGAUGUACCCUUGCCAACUACGGAACGCGAUGAACCAUAUAUCGAUGAGAGCGAAACUGCAAGUCAAGGCGAGCCGGCCACCACAGACAAACAUUCUGCUCCGCCAGAAUCGGUAGGACAGAGAACUCAAGCACCAAGUAUAGGUCGAAGAGAACGUAUCCCAGUUUUGGCGCAGAAGGUUAUCCACACGGCAAUGAACCCCACGAAGAAACAGCAACGUCAGACGAAGGGCACUGCUGGAGCUGGCCAUGGCGGAAGACACGCAAAGAAGGGGAGGAGGGCGGUCGAAGGCGUCGAGGAGAGAAUUGGGCCGAUUUACGAGGUUGAUCGGUGA